CGAUCGAAAGAGUCAGGAAGCUAAAAAUGAGAGAAUUGAUAGUAACCCACUCAAGCAGAAUUAUAUAAAGGAAAGAAAAAAGUUAUACUCAAGUGGGUUACCAAUUUGGCACUAUCGAACAGGUCAUAAAAAACAAAUAGGCCAUUAUAUAUUUGAAGAUUUAUUGUAUAAAAAAUUCACACUUCGAAAACCUAAGUUCUUGGAAG